GAGUCUUGGAAUGCCCAGAAGAAUUCCCCAAAGGGCCGACCGACUCUCGCACCGACCUUCCGGCAUGACCCUAACAGUAAUUUUAGGCGCGGCGUGCGUCUAGAUAUGCUGCCAUGGUCGCUAAAGUAUAAGGCUAGCCGAGUAAUCACGACCAACUGCUUAUCUUCAGCUCUUCCGUGCGGG